AUGCUGGAAUUCAUGGACUACGUCCAACUGGCGUUCGCCGAAGCGACACGCUGGAACCAAGACAACUCCUACUCUGCAUUGACUGCCACUGCUGAAUCCCUCCUCGAUUUCCACGUUCCCGAACGACUACAAGUCCAUCUCUCGUCGCUCUCCACCCCCCAUUUCGCGACUUCGUAUACGUUGGGAACAGUCGGACUGAUUGAUGGCUCGGUCUCAUACCUGUUCAGCACGGUUCCACUUAAUAACACUCCAUCACAAAGUGGGCUUAUUCCUCUACGACGAUUAGUCCGUGGCUACAGACAGAUUGAAGCUCCUGUUCCGCCGAUUCGGAAUUGGGGCUGGGAUUCGAUACCAUCGCACAGCUCUUUGGAGAAUGUAGACAGCCUAGGGGUUAGCGAUGAUGUCGUUCGAAAAGCAACAUUACUACACGCGACGCUACAUCUACCGCCUCCUUCGACAUUAAAUGCGCUGUUCCUACGGCGCAUCUCUCCCACGACACAAAUCACAGCCGCUUUGGUCUCAACGCAGGCUCCACCAUUGAUCAAAUCGGCACCAUCUGCAGCCCUACUCGCCCAGAUUUCCCAUGAUACGGGAACAUUUAGCAACGAGUAUCUAUUCAGCACAGACAAUGCACUCUUCGGCUGGCGCGGUUUGUGGAAUAUAGGCCUUGAGCCAAUUCCAGGCAAAGCGUCCACAGACAAAGUGUCACUACUUUCCGCCGGUGCAGAAGCCUAUUACUCUCCUAUUUCUUCGCUCGUCGGACUCUCGACAGGCCUUAAAUUCAGUACACUGCCAGCUGCCGCCCGAACACUAUCCUCCUCCUCUCCUGGCAGUACCCCAAACCCCAUAUCAAGCUUUCCUUACACUCUUACACUCACACUUACGCCUCUAACUGGCUCUCUAUCGACAACAUACUCGGCCCGGGCAUCGCCCAACCUCGCAUUUAGCUCCCGUUUUGGGUUCAACGUAUACAGCUGGGAAAGCGAAAUGGUGGCUGGAUGCGAAAUAUGGCGCAAGAGUCCGCGCACAGAACCGAUUGAAGCGGAUGACGGUCUUGAUUGGGCACGGCGGAAGAUGGGUAUUGUCAAGGAUUUGGCGUCAGAGAGGAUCUCAUCUCUAACUUCUUCGAGUACCUCGCAAGCAUUAGAAGAAAACGAAGGAGACUCCGUUAUCAAAGUUCGAGUUGAUCAGUCGUGGAACGUUCGAUUACUAUGGGAAGGGCGAGUCAAGUCCCUGCUUGUAACGGCGGGCGUGUCACUCGGUCCAGGCACGUUCACAGCGUUGUCGACCGGCCCUUCAUCGCCAACAUCGUCUUCUGCGCCUGUAGCAGCGGCUGGGACAGGGUCCAGUCAAAGUAGUGGCGGAGGAGGACCACCUACCUCGAGACCAUCAUACUGGCAGGGCGUCGGUGUCUCGAUCUUAUAUUCAUCGUGA